UGUUAACAAGGCAAAUUGCUCGGGCUACUUCCAUGUGUCCAGACUGCUGAAUAUUAUCAGCCAGGCCUAGUAUAUACUCUUCCGGAAGAAAUUGCUUAUCGCGGAAAGAAUCCAGAAUGCAAAUCUGCCUAACCCAGCUAUCACUCUGGGUAGCUUUUGCUUCGUGUGCUGUAUUGAAGAAUAAUGACUACGACCUCAGUCACCUGAACGAUCAUGACCAUGAUGUCAAUCAUCAGCUUUUUUGCAAACCUGGUCCUGUCUGUAUAUACAGAGAUUGCUGGCGAGGACAGUAUCGGGGCUCAUUUGAAUGCCUUGGGCCUUGGGAUGCUUGUGAAGGGUGUGUUGUUCAAGGUCGUAUGUCAUACGUGUGCUGUGGAACGAGUCCAAUCUAUACUGAAGACCCACCAAUCCGGAUUGAACCAGGUCGAUGUUGUAUCGGUGUAGGCUGCAACCCAACCUGCUAGGACCGAAAUUGAUAAGAUGUUCAUGUAGGAUUUCGGGAAAGUGCUACACUGGGGUUGGGGUGGCC